AUGCCCCUGGUCCAGCACCCUGCCGCUUUCACCGGUGCCGGAAACGACGAGGGGCUCCGCCGCCGCCGUGUCGUUGGAGGGAGCAACGGCAUCUUUGUCCGGAGGUCUGCCGGUGAGGCUAUAACGCUCGAAUGGGACGGCUUGGAGACCGUAGCUGAUGUCAAGGCCAUGAUUUAUGAGAAGGAGUGCAUCCAUCCAACACUGCAGCGCCUGAUGUUCGGAAGACGGCUGCUCUACAACGAACGCACCCUGGCCCAUUACAACAUCCAGAAAGGUUCAACGAUCCACCUGCUAAAAAAUGACUUGGGUGACGGUAAAGGGAAGAACAGUAUCUCUGUCAAGAAGCUCACCGGUGACAUUAUCAUGCUCAAAGUGGAGCUCCGGGAAACCACCGUCGCCUAUGUCAGGGGCAUGAUCGCGGAGAAGGCGGGCAUUCGCCAGGCACAGCAGCACCUCGUGUUCCAUGGAAGGCCCCUCGACGACAGCAACACCUUGGCCCAUUACGGCAUCGAGGAGGAUUCAGUUCUCCAUUUGGCCCCUGGUCGACGUGGCGGUGGCGGUCCACCUAAGGUAGGGGGAUGGUGGGGCGGCGGCGUGGGUGGGGUGUUUGCUCUCGCGGGAACGCCAUGGGGCAGGCGUAUCCUGGUGGCCGGAGCCGCGGCAGAGGCGGCAGCAGAUGGGAUCGCGGCAAUCUCGCACCAAGUGGUCGCGAGCAAGGCAGCGGUGGCAGCCCUGGUGGUGGAGAGGGAUGGGUUUGGGGUAGCGGAGUGA